AUGGCUGAAAAAUGCCUAAUUGCAGCUUCUUUAGCAGCUUUGGUAUGCCAUCCUAGCUCAACCAUCAAGUGUUUCAAACCCAAACCAGCCCCCUCCACCUCCCCACACAAAGAAAAACCAGUCCAUAAACUGCCAUCAAAAUCCAAGCAAAAAGUACCAUCUCCUCCAACUAUACCACAAACUGGUGAUCCUUUCAGUAUCGUAUCGGAACUGGUCGAUGGAGAUCCCUCGAUGGGUAUUGUGGAAACCAUUUUCCGAUCGGGGUGGUCGUACGAGGUAAGUCUUACAAUUGAGAAGGUGUUGAAGGUGAAACAUAGUGUAGAUGCACUUGACAGGUUUGAAGAGCAUAGGGAGAGAGUUAAAUCAAAGUAUGCAAACCUUCGUAAGAGAAAGCCGAGACUGGUGGCGGAUGGGAACGAGGUCCUGCAGUUCCAUGGUGCCAGUAUCACUUGUUCGCUUGGGAGAAAUGGAUGUUUGUGCAUCUGCAACAGGAAGUGUUGCAGGGUUUGCAGAACGAUUGCUUCGAGAAGAGGAUCGAUGUCUUUUCAUAGCAGCAGUUGGGGAGCACAUGAGAAGGUUACUACUGAAUGUGCUCUGAAAGGGUCAUCCGCAAGGAAGGCAAUGGUGAUCUGUAGGGUGAUUGCUGGUCGCAUUGCCAGUCGUCAGAUACAUAGAUUUGUAGAUGCAGAAGAGGUUCACUUUGAUUCUAUGGUCAUUGGUCAUCAAACAAGUGACUCAGACUCAGAGGAGCUGAUAGUUUUAGAUCCAAAGGCCGUCCUUCCAUGCUUUGUGGUGAUAUACAAUGUCCACAAACUGCCUUAG